AUGUUCAACGCGACAAACGCAACCUUGCCCUCCGAUACACCUUCGUUCACCACUAUAUGGUCCCUCCCUACACUAUCAACGUGUUUCCUGGCCUUGACAUGCUUAGUUCUGGCGUCCAAGGUUGCUGACACUGUUGGGGGCUUGUUCAGCAACGAAAUCGCCGCCACUGACGCCAAAAUCUUCGCCGCGCUUCCCAAGGUUGGAACUCCGUACAAGGCCGACCGGCUGCGUAUUCUCGACUUCCUCGUACCAUGGAGCCUGAUCGCGCGACUCCGCUCUCUCGUUGACACAGAGAGUCUCCUCGAGGAGGGUUACCAGCGCUUCGGCAAGUCCGGCCAGCCGUUCAUCCUGCCAUCCCUGUGGUCCAGCACAGGCUGGGUGGUGCUUCCGCGGUCGAUGCUACACCUACUCAAUAGAAGUCGUCAGCAGCUAAGCACGUACGACACCCUCAUCGACGCCAUACUACUACAGAGUCUAGGACUUUCCUCGCAUGCCGUGGCUCACCGGGACAUCUUCCGCAAAAGGCUGAACGCGAGUAACGUUGGCAAGGUGGUCGGCCAGUCUUCGGAAGAGGUGGCACACGCCAUCUCGGCUUGCUGGGGGACCGGAAAUGACGCUGGCAAUGGCGAUGAUGCUGUGUGGAAGACUUUCGGGGCGUGGGACGUGGGUCAAAAGAUCAUACUACGCGUCGGGUUGCGACAUGUGCUUGGAACGCCGCUAUGCCGAAACAAUGAGUUCGUCGAGCUCGCCCGCAAGUACGGCGAGACGCUCUCGUCCAACGCCGUCUUCGCCAAUGCCCUGCCUCCAGGCAUUAGCGCCGUGGCGGGAUGGGCGUUGCAUACGCGCGCCCGGUUCCUCCUCGCGAAGCUUGACAGACUGCUGAUCCCGCACAUCGAGGAUCGGAUCCGUUUAUGGCGAGAGACUGACGACGAAGACAAACUGCCCCAAGACACACUUCAACGGUACAUUGAGAAGUACGCCACCAAAGACCCAGACGGGCCCGACGCGACACAGAUUCUUUGCCGCUCUCUCCUGCUGGCCUUCGUCUCCCUUUUCGGCAUGUCCUGGGCAUUCGUGCAUACCCUACUCCACAUAUACGGCGCCGACGACAGCCAAGAUAUCAUCUCGACCAUUCACGAAGAAUGUGCACGCGUCUCUCAGAAGUACGGGGGGACUCUCGAUGCGCCCGGUGCCAUCGCCGAUAUGGUCCGGCUUGACUCGGCCAUCCGCGAAAGCAUGCGCAUGUCCGAUCCCUUCAACCACUUCCUCUCCCUUGAGGUCCUCGGCGGAGAGGGCCUCGAUAUCGGUCUAGGCGGCGGACUCCGCGUCCUUCCCGGCUCCCGAAUCCACCCCACGUACCCCCUGAGAUCGUUCCACAUGGACCCGGACAUCUACACGAAGCCGCACAAGUUCGACGCCUUUCGGUUCUCGCGGGCCAUCGAGGAGGAGAAAGAUAAAGCAGACCAGGAGAGGAUGAUGCGCUGCACGCCCACAUUCACCGUCUUUGGGUACGGACAGCAUGAAUGUGGUGGCCGCUUCCUGAUCGACCAGGUCGUCAAGCUGGCGAUCGCCAAGAUUGUGUUGGAAUACGACGUUGAGGUUGUGAGGAAGCCUGGCAAGAGGUGGGCUCUGCUUCAGUGUUACAUGCCUCCUAUGUUUGCACAGAUAAGAAUUCGUCGUAAGGAGUGA